ACCGACUGCUGAGGAGCCCCAGCGCUGUUCACACCCUCCUCGCCAACAUCAUGCUCCAGUUCCUGCUUGGAUUUACUUUGGGCAACGUGGUCGGAAUGUAUCUGGCUCAGAACUAUGACAUACCAAACCUGGCUAAAAAACUUGAAGACAUUAAGAAGCACCUGGAAGCCAAGAAGAAGCCCCCUAGCUCCUGACGCCCUCACCGGCCCUCCAUCCUGGACACAGAUUGCACUGCUGCCAGGGCCUACUUUGCCACCGCAUCUCACUCACAGCUCUCAUUUUCCUCUCCGGUCCGUUAUUUUCUUAGCUCAACCCUGUGUGUUGCCUCAGAGCCAAGAUGGGGCCUCAAGUUAAGUUACCCUUUGCACAUUUUCAACAGCCUCACUUUGUCUCAUAUUUUCUUCCAACUACUUGGGAGGUUUUAAGACUGGAAUUAUGGUGCUAGAUUAGCAAACCCAACCUUUAACUGGUAGCUGCUCCUCUGUUCUUGGGGAAUUUCUAAUCUUUCGCCAAAAGAAAAAUUGAUGUGUUUUGUAUAGCUGAUCAUAUACAAGUAAUGCUGAUUUCACAAUUUAGCAAUUACAAUGGGUGCUUAUUAGACAUUUGUUACUAAAUUUUGUUGUUUCAAAGCAAUUAAACUUAGUAUGU